UAACACUACAAUGGAGAAUCUAAAGUAUAUAUAUAUAGAUAUGGGUUAUCCAUAGCACAUGUCACAGCUCAUCGCUUCACACAAGUCAUUUAGGAUGAAUUUGGAUAAGUACCUCUUGGUUUUGUCCGCUGUCGUAAUUAGCGUCUCUUGUUCACAAUUCCUGGACCAAGAGUGGGAAGCCUGGAAAACCAAACACGGAAAGGGAUAUGUCACUUCACAUGAUGCAACAUUUCGCAGAAAGGCCUGGGAAGCAACAUGGCAUAAAGUGCAGACUCACAAUCAAAAGUAUGAACAGGGUCUCACAAAGUACAGAAUGGAGAUGAACAAGUUUGCAGAUAUGACAUCAGAGGAACGUGGCUCCAGGAGCUGCCUUUCUUCAAAAAAGAAAAGAGGCACCAUGAGGACAAACUUUCCUGUGCGGACCUAUUCAAAAAACUUAAAUAUACCAGAAUCAGUUGACUGGAGAGACUCAAAGUGUGUUACCCGUGUUAAAAAUCAAGGCCUUUGUGGAUCCUGCUGGGCAUUUGCAACGGUGGGUGUAGUUGAGGCUCGUAACUGCAUUAAGACGGAUGAGCUUAUUGAACUAAGUGAGCAGCAGAUUGUGGACUGUGACAAUGAGAAUGACGGAUGCUGUGGUGGAGAUCCAGCACAUGCUAUGAACUAUGUUGUGCACAAUGGUAUCAUGAAGGCUCAAGACUAUGAAUACUCAGAACGGCAAGCAGCAUGCGCCUACAAACCUGAAAAGUCAUUAAUAUUUAAUGUGACCAAAUACUACAACCUGUUUGAAGAAGCCAACAUGGCAUCGUCUGUGGCAAUAGAUGGCCCUAUUGCUGUGGCACUUGAUGCGAGUGAUGACUUUGGUUUGUACAAAGAUGGUAUCUUCACUGGAGAAUGUAGUGAAGAGCUGAAUCAUGCAGUAAUUGUAGUAGGAUAUGGCUCAGAAUAUGACGAAGAAGAGAAAGAGAAUAUAGAUUACUGGAUAGUAAGGAACAGCUGGGGAGAUGACUGGGGAGAGAAUGGUUAUAUCAAGAUGCAGCGUAAUGCCAACCUGUGUGGUAUCGCCCAAGAAGGAGCGGCUAUGGACUUGAUCUAGUAAUUGCUCAGACUCAUCUACUGAAGACUUGACAGAAGUGUGUAUUCCAGGGUCUAACUAUAAAUCAUUAAUAUCGUUUUAGCAAUGUCCAUGGAGCUCAUAAUGUAUCUGUUAUUCUGUACUGCUUUCCAUAAUAAAUAUGCUCAAAUGUUUUUUUUUUUUUGUAUCCUAAAUGGUUUGCUGACUUGUUUUAAAAUAAAAAAAAUGAAAGAAA